AGAGACUUGUCAUCAGGAAGGUGAUCUCUCAGCACAACGGAAAAUAUCUCAAUGACUUGACAUGUUCUGGUUAUGAAUUCAGGCUACAAGGGGUCAGUGCUCUAAAAUGAGUCUCUCUGGGGAGAGAGAGGAGGGGGGCCCUGUCUCUAAAAUGAGUCUCUCUGGGGAGAGAGAGGAGGGGGGCCCUUCCUCUAAAAUGCAUCUCUCUGGGGGACAUGACACCAAAGCUAAGAGUCCAAUCAAGCAGGAGAGACCAGCCUCCCCUGUUCCCAGCUGUGUGUCCAUGAAGAGUGACUGGUCUAUGAAUCAUCCUAUAGUGUUUAGAGAGGGAGACUUUUCUACUGAACCAAGGUUUAAGGGCAACGUAGCACGUCUGGUGAACAGGGCAGAGUCCCAUAUCAUCAGGCAAACCAGUAGAAACUGGAUCAGCAGCACAACAAGUCCAAUCAAGCAGGAGAGACCAGCCUCCCCUGUUCCCAGCUGUGUGUCCAUGAAGAGUGACCGGUCUACGAUUCAACCUAUAAACUUUAGAGAGGGAGACUUUUCUACUGAACCAAGUCACAAGGACAACGUAGCACGUCCUGUGAACACGUCAGGGUUCCAUAGCCGGAGGCAGACCAGCAGGAACUGGAUCAGCAGCACAACAAGUCCAAUCAAGCAGGAGAGACCAGCCUCCCCUGUUCCCAGCUGUGUGUCCAUGAAGAGUGACUGGUCUAUGGGUCAUCCUAUAGUGUUUAGAGAGGGAGACUUUUCUACUGAACAAAGAAACCAACAGGAGAGAUCAGAGUCAGAGAUUCUCAGUGGUCAGUCUUCCCAGAGUCAUCAAACAGACCUGGCCUCCAUAUUCAGUGUGCUUGAAGAGAAUAUUAUGACAUUUGUGAAGAACGAGCUGAAGAUGUUCAAGAGGAUUCUUAGUCCAGAACUCCCAGGAGGCUUUGAGAGUCAGAAGCAGGAUAAGGAAGUGGUGGAUGCUGAUGAUGAGAAGCAGGAGAGCAGUGCCAGAGAGGGGGCUCUGAAGAUCACACUGCACAUCCUGAGGAAAAUGAACCAGAAGGAGCUUGCUGACACACUGGAGAAAUAUGAGCUUGCUGUGAUUUGCCAACGUGAACUCAAAUCUAAUCUAAAGAAGAAGUUUCAAUGUGUAUUUGAGGGGAUCGCUAAACAAGGAAACCCAACACUUCUCAAUAACAUCUACACAGAGCUCUACAUCACAGAGGGUGGAACAGGAGAGGUCAAUAAUGAACAUGAGCUGAGACAGAUUGAGACAACAACCAGGAAACAAGCAAGACCAGAGACUGCAAUCAAAUGUAACGACAUCUUCAAACCCUUAACUGGACAAGACAAACCUAUCAGAACUGUGCUGACAAAGGGAGUCGCUGGCAUUGGAAAAACAGUCUCUGUGCAGAAGUUCAUUCUGGACUGGGCUGAAGGAAAAGCAAAUCAGGAUGUCCAAUUUGUAUUUUCAUUCCCUUUCCGGGAGCUGAAUUUGAUGAAAGAGGACAAACACACUUUCAUUGAACUUCUUAAUCACUUCUCAAUGGAAACCAAACAAUCAAGAAUCUCCAACUACGACAAGUACAAAGUUCUGUUCAUCUUUGAUGGUCUGGAUGAGUGCCGACUGCCCCUAGACUUCCAGAAGAACAAGAUCUGUUGGGACGUCACAGAGUCAACCUCAGUGGAUGUUCUGCUGACAAAUCUCAUCAGGGGAAAUCUGCUUCCCUCUGCUCUCCUCUGGAUAACUACCCGACCUGCAGCAGCCAAUAAGAUCCCUUCAGGGUGUGUUGACCAGGUGACAGAGGUACGAGGGUUCAAUGACUCACAGAAGGAGGAGUACUUCAGGAAGAGAUUCAGUGAUGAGGACCUGUCCAGCAGAAUCAUCUCACACAUAAAGACAUCAAGGAGCCUCCACAUCAUGUGCCACAUUCCAGUCUUCUGUUGGAUUUCUGCAACAGUCCUUGAACACAUGCUGAAACAUAAGAGAGAAGAGAUGCCCAAGACUCUGACUGAGAUGUACACACACCUUGUGGUGUUUCAUACCAAACAGAAGAAUAAAAAGUAUCUUGGGAAAGAAGAGACAGGUCCACACUGGAAUAAAGAGAGCAUUCUGUCUCUGGGAAAACUGGCUUUUCAACAGCUUGUGACUGGCAAUCUGAUUUUCUAUGAAGAAGACCUGAAAGAGGCUGGCAUUGAUGUCAAUGAAGCCUCAGUGUACUCAGGAUUGUGCACACAGCUCUUUAAAGAGGAAUGUGGGCUGUACCAGGACAAGGUGUUCUGCUUUGUUCAUCUGAGCAUUCAGGAGUUUCUGGCUGCUGUAUAUGUGUUCCUCUCAUUCAUCAACAACAAUGAGAAUCUAAUGGACAAACUGCAAACAAAAGACGAGCCUGAAGUUACUUUCUACAAGAGUGCUGUGGAUAAAGCCUUACAAAGUGAGACGGGAAACCUGGACCUUUUCCUCCGCUUCCUUCUGGGCCUCUCACUGGAGUCCAAUCAGAAGCACUUACGAGGUCUACUGACAACGACAAGAAUCAGCUCACAGAGCCAUGAAGAAACAGUCAAGUACAUCAAGGAGAAGAUCGGGGAGGAUCUCUCUCCAGAGAGGAGCAUCAAUCUGUUCCACUGUCUGAAUGAACUGAAUGACCAUUCUCUAGUGGAGGAGAUCCAAAGCUACCUGAGAUCAGGAAGUCUCUCAAAACCCAACCUGUCACCUGCACAGUGGUCAGCUCUGGUCUUUGUGUUGCUGACUUCAGAAAAGGAGCUGGAUGUGUUUGACCUGAAGAAAUACUCCAGAUCAGAGGAAGGUCUUCUGAGGCUGCUGCCAGUGGUCAAAGCCUCCAGAGCUGCUCUGUUGUCAGGCUGUGGAGUCACAGAGGAAGGCUGUGCUUCUCUGGUCUCAGCUCUGGAGUCAAACCCCUCACACCUGAGAGAGCUGGACCUGAGUAACAAUGACCUGAAGGAUUCAGGAGUGAAGCUGCUCUCUGCUGGACUGGGGAAUCCCCACUGUAAACUCACACUGGACCUAAACACAGUAAACAGACACCUCUCUCUGUCUGAGGAGAACAGAAAGGUGACAUGGAGGAGAGAGGAGCAGCCGUAUCCUGAUCACCCAGAGAGAUUUGAGGUCUGGGGACAGGUGCUGUGUAGAGAGGGUCUGACUGGGCGCUGUUACUGGGAGGUAGAGUGGAGUGGGGGAGCUGUUAUAGGAGUGACAUAUAAAGGAAUCAGCAGGAGAGGAGGGGUUAAUGACUGUUGUCUUGGAUACAAUGACAAGUCCUGGAGUCUGUUCUGCUCUGACAACAGUUACAUUGCCUGGCACAAUAAUAAUCCCACUCCCAUAGACGUCCCCUCCUCCAGCUCCCACAGAGUAGGAGUGUAUCUGGACUGGCCAGCCGGCACUCUGUCCUUCUAUAGAGCCUCCUCUGACACACUGACCCACCUGAUCACAUUCACCUCCACAUUCACUGAGCCCCUCUAUCCAGGGUUUAGGGUUUAUGAUGAUUCCUUUGGGAUUUGGGACUCCUCAGUGUCCCUGUGCCAGUGAUACACACACACAUUGACACACUCACACUCACACACAGACACACACACACUGGACACAAACAGACAAACACACACAC